AUGACCUGUGAUUGGCCAAAGUCUUCCAUCCACGCCAAAGUCUUCCAGGAGCUGCAGAAGUCUAUGGUGGUCCCAGGAACCCAGGAACCCAGUGGACCAGGACCCCAGGAACCAGGAAACCAGGGACCAGGACCCAGGGACCCAGUGGCCCGAGUCCAGGAAACCAACCCAGGAACCCAGGACCCAGGACCAGGAAACCAGGCCCCAGGGACCCAGGAGCCCCGACGGAACCGAGACCCAGGAACUGAACCCAGGAACCAGGAACACAGGGACCCGACCGAGCCCAGGCCCCAGGAGACCCAGGAAACCCCGAGUCCAUCCGAGCCCCAGGAAACCAGGAAACCAGGAAUGGAAACCAGGGACCAGCCCGAGCCCCAGGAAGGAAACCCCAUCCGAGACCCCAGGAACCCAGGAACCCCAGGAAGAACCAGGACCCAGGAACUGACCCAGGAAACCCAGCCCCAGGUCCCAGGAACCCCAGGGAACGGAACGAAUGGAAACCCAGGAACCCGACCAGGACCAGGACCCAGGAAACCAGGAACCGGCCCGAGUCCGACCCAGGACCCCAGGAACCAGGAACGGACCCAGGACCCCAGGAAACCAGGAACCCAGACCGACCCAGGAAGACCAGGAGCCCCAGGGACCCAGGAACCAGGAACCGAGCCCCAGGAGCCCAGGGACCGACCGACCAGGAACCAGGAACCCAGGAACGACCGAGUCCCGAGCCCCAGGACCAGGAGGAACCAGGACCAGGAACCAGGAAGACCCAGGUCCCAGGAACCAUUCCAGGACCAGGAAACCCAGGAAACCAGGACCCCAGGAAACCCAGGACCCAGGAACCAGGAAACCCAGGAACCAGGAACCAGGAAACCCCAGGAACCAGGAACCCCAGAACCAGGAACCCCAGGAACCAGAAACCAACCAGAACCAGGAAACCAGGACCCAGGACCACAACCAGGAAACCCCAGGAAACCCAGUAACCGCCCAGGAACCAGGAACCCAGGAAACGGAUCCCCAGGAACCCAGGAACCCAGGAAACCAGAACCAGGAAAGGAACCAGGACCCAGGAACCCCAGGAACCCAGGAAACAAACCCCAGGACCCCAGCCCAGGAAUCCAGGAACCCCAGGAACCAGGAACCAGGAAACCCCAGGAAUCCAGGAACCCAGGAACCAGGAACCCCAGGAACCAGGAAACCCAGGAACAGGAAACCCAACUGAAGGAAAUGGACCCAGCAAUCAUGACCAGAACUGAUCUUGACGCAAGAAUGAACCAGGUAAUACACUACCAACCCCACACAGGAUAA